CGUUUCGCGUGGUGAUUACAGCCGUCGUCGUCAGCAAUCUCCGCGGACGAUCGCGACGUGAAACGCGACGCGCGACGUCGAAACUCGACGAUCCGACCGGAACGAUCGAACCGUCGUGUCUCUUUAUCUCUCCCCUCUCUUAUUCUCUCGCUCACGCACAUAUAUAUACAUACAUACAUACGCACGCACAUACACAACCUUUCGUUCUCUUUCCAUCUCUGUUUCUCGCUUGCGACAGCAGUGGACAAUCGUGACGAAUACUCCCGUAUACAUAUGAUGCUCUGUCUUGAGGCGCGAUAAUAAUUGCCACCUAGUUUUAAUAAAUCGAGCCUUAUCUCUUGAAUCGCAUAAGAGAAAGUAAACAAUCGAAAUCAGUAAUGGAGUCAUCAGACAGGAAGAAUGUUUAUCUCACGAAAACUGGCGAUAGCUCUUUAAAUUCGGGAAUGAGAGAUGCCAUGAUUGUUGGCCAGACUAAUAUGCAACCAGGUACAGCCAUUGAAUGUGCAGAAGGUGCAAUGAAGCAAAAUGUGUCCAGUGUAUCCCAUCAGGCCAAGUGGUCUAAUGCCCAGAGUAAGAAUUUCAUCAUCGGCACAGUUCCAGUAAAGAACGAGAUUGUGCAUUUAGAAGAUGGUGCACAUUGUAAUAACAAGAAGAUGUAUUACUAUGAUAGACAUUACACCGGUCAUGAGGAGCCAGAGAGGCCGACGCGUAGAGGAACAAAGAGAUACAGAGACAAGGACGCACCGAAACGGGCGCUGUCAGCAUUCUUCUACUUUUGCCAAGAGCUGCGCAGCAAGAUGAGGGAAUUGCACCCUGAGAUGGGAGUAGGCGAAAUCGCGAAGGAAUUAGGAAAAUUGUGGAUGAGUACAGACCUGCAGACUAAGUCUAAGUACAUGGCUAUCGCGGAGGAAGAUAGAGCCCGAUAUGAAAGGGAAAUAAUUGCGUACAAUAAGAGAGUAAAAAAUUACGACCCUGAAGAAGUUGGGACUGUAUAAGUGAAUAUAUACAUAUGCAUAUUCACCUUCACAUACACAGGACGGUUGAGAAGAACAAGAGAAGGAAAGAUUACUUAUAUUCUCUCAUUCGAAUACUUGUAUUCUUGGCAUUUGCAAGAAUUCUAUGAUUUUACUAACCUAGUAUUACUGUCCAUCGUUGUAUAUAUUAUGUACACUGUUGAAAAGUAACAGAAAAAAAUUCAUUCUUUUAACGUGCAAAAAUUCGAUUCAUAUUUACUCGUAGUGUGACAAAUAGGCGAGAUAGAUUCGAUGAAAUGAGUUCCAUUUUAUAAUGAAUUCUUCUACCACGCAAGGGCUAUUACUACUAUACAUGACUAACGUGUGCUAAUAUAUAAAUACAUAUACAUACAUAUAUAUAUAUAUGGAGGAUGCUUUUUUUAGGAUUUGUUGAUCUAACUGUGCCAACAUGCUUUACGAGUAAGAAGAAAAAAAUGUUAUAUAAAAUAGAAUGCUAUUCUAUUUUGUAUUUCUGUUAUAACUUUUUAAUAAAAAACUUUUAUAGUCACCUCAUAUAUUUUUAACUAUAAAAUGCGUUAGCACAGUUUGACUGAUAAAACCUAUGGCAUCCUGUAUACAUUUAUCGACAAAAUCUAAUAUGAGAUAUAUAACAAAUCCUAGCGAUAGUAAAAGUAAUGGUAAAUAAUUCAAAUAACAAUAGUGCUACUGUGCUACAUUAAUAUUGAAUAGCGAUGUAAUCAUAACUGAUACUGGUAAUGUUUGAGAGUAAUGACGAUAAAGAAAUUGUAUACCGCACCGCAUUACGUUAUUAGAAUUAACGGUAGAAUGUUUUGCUGAUAUGUAAUAAGUUAAAUGAAUAAGAGAGCUUAAUCAGGAGAAGCAAUAAGGAGAAAUGUGUGUGCAAAACGAUGCAAUUUGGUCGCGUUUUAAUCGGGCUUCUGUUCUUUGCAAGGUAAUUCUAUUGUGUAUGACACUGAAAUUAAUAUAUCCAUAUAAUUUCGUUGAGUUCAUAUUUUGAUACCACGUAUAUACUCUAAUAAUCCUUGUGCUUUCUUGCAAGUUAAUAAAAUGCAAUGUCCAAUAUAA